AUGACCCAAACCGACAAGCCCACCGCGGGCUUGCUUCAGAUCCCUGCCGCAGCCACACAGAAGUCUUCUGGCCCAGCAAAGAAGGCUCACAAGCCCCCAGCUCCUCGACUCAAGCUAUUGAUCCGUCGACUGCCACCAGGGUUGACCCAAGCGGAACUGGAGGGAAUCUUAGGCGCGGAAUGGAAAGUCGGCGCCGGAAAGGUGGACUGGCUUCAGUACAAGGCUGGCAAGGUGUCGAAAGACCCCGCUAAACCCUCUCGUCCCUCCCGAGCCUAUAUCCACGUUGUAUCUAGCGAACAUGUCGCCCCGCUCUCAGAUCUAGUGCGACAAGCUUCGUUCCAAGAUGCUCGCGCCACCUCCCAUGAUCCAAUUCUCUUGGGACCUCCAAGCUUGGAGUUCGCCCCUUACGCUAAGAUCCCGGGCAGUCGCGUGCGGAAGGAUGCUCGCCAGGGUACAAUUGACCAGGACCCGGACUUUAUUACCUUCCUGGAAAGUUUGACACAACCUAUUACGAAGUCAGGGCCCCCCGAUACAUUCGAGAGCGAGGAGAAAAAGACGGCAGUGCUCACUACGCCGCUGGUGCAGUUCAUCAAGGACAAGAAAGCAAGCAAGGCCAAAGAAGCCGCGGCGUCUAAGUCAUCCAAGCACAGCCGAUCGGAGAAAGAACCCAAGGAAAAGGUGCAAGCAAAGAAACUAUUACAACGGGCCGACAAGGAAUCCAGUGCGACACCGGCGGAGAAGAAAGGCAGGGGCGACAAGGCUACCAAGGAGUCUACGAAGGCAGCUAAGCAAGCUACCUCGACCAACAAGUCCGGCAAGGGCAGCACAGCAAACACACCGAAAGAGACCACUGCAGCUCCGGAGAGAAAGCGAGAACGAGGCAACGUCACUGCGGCGACCAAGAUCCUUCAACGCGACCUUGGGUUAUCGCCAGCUGGGGGUCGGCGACGAGGCAAAGGAGCCAAUGACACCGGGUCAUCCAAAAACGACAGUUCUCGAGACUCGUCUGUCCCAGCACCAGAGAGCACUAAGAAGGAAUCUGCAGCCAAAGCAGCCAAGAAUGGCCCAUCGGGAGGGUCCAGCAAAGGGAAGAAGGAUACCGACUCUACGACGAAAGCGAACGACAGUGCUACACAAUCUACUGCUAAUUCAGCACCCGCGAAAGCGAACAAGGGCCCGAAAUCUAAGCCAUCCGCUCCUCCCGCCUCCACUGCCACACAGGCAUUCCUCAAACACGCGAACCCCUCUCAGGGCGUAACCGAAGCAUUGCUGGAAACGGCGUUCGGGGCAUUCGGCAACGUGACCAAGGUGGAGAUCGAUAAGAAGAAAGGAUUUGGAUAUGUGGACUUUGCGAAUCCCGAGAGUUUGCAGAAGGCGAUGGCCGCUAGCCCUGUGACGGUCGCUCAGAGUCAGGUGGUGGUGCUUGAGCGCAAGGCGAACCCUGGUGGUGAGAAGUCGCGGAAGGGUCGAGGUGAUUCACAGCAACAACAACAAUCGCCAGCAUCACCAGCGCCCAGUGGAAAUGCUGGAAAUGCUGGAAAUGCUGGAAACACUGGGAACACUGGGAACACUGGGAACACUGGAAACGCCACUGGGUCGUCUGCUCGGGGAUCGCGAGGUGGACGUGGGUCACGAAACAAAGGAGCGAAGGGAGCAGCAGGUAAUGGGGAGAAGGAGAAAGAGAAGACGGAGAAGGGAGGCUCGGGAAAAUGA